AUCUACAUCGAGCUCAUACACCUGAAGGGUUAUCCGCACCUUGACAACAAGAGAGAAUACGCUUUCAACGAACGGGCUAGCGAUGUGAUGAGUUGUCGGGAGUUGUUUGUUUUGAGCAUCAAUGGGAACACAGUUGAAAGCAUCGAAGGCCUUCUAGAAACAACCUCGUAUCAAGUCGUCGGUUUUAUUUCAAGAGAUUCUCUCACUCAAGUCAUGAGAAAAUGUCGAAACCAUCCGCGGCUAACCGGGAAAACCAAAUGUUUCUUCAGUUCCAAGGUCGAUUGUGAUGAUCCCUACGUCGAUCUCAGCCCUUGGCUUGACCAGUCACCCAUUCAGAUCGUCGAGACUACUCCUCUUGAUCGCGUCAUCGAAAUGUUUAGAGCUCUUGGGCUGCGCUAUCUACUCGUAACACACAAUGGACAACUUGUUGGAAUCUUGAAGAAGAAAGACAUCUUGGAGCACAUUGAGUUGUAUCGCAAGGGCCUGUCAGACCGUCGGGAGGCAAACGAUCUCUGAUCACCUGCGUGUCUUCUUCCAUCUUUAUACAAACAAAACAAAACCAACC